AUGUAUUCUGCACCGCCACGGGGAACAGCAAAUGCACUGUUGCGCACGGCGUCGGCGGAACAAGUAUCGCUACAACACCCGUCUCCCGGCCUGGAAAGCCUGCAGGGAGCAUACAUCAAGAAUGUCGAGCGCCUCGAGCAAUCGGCAGAAGAAAUGAGUCAGGGGGGAUCAGAUAUUGGCGACGAGAUUCGCAGGAUGAAACAGGAACAGGACCGGGCGUCAUUACGGUCGAGCAGCAUCAGCAUUGCCUCCGAGUCGCCGGCCUCGUCCUCCACCCACGGCGCUGCACGUGAAGGGCGGCAGAAGAGCAUCGACAAGGUCCUCAGCACGCGGAGCCGCAACCACUCGACCAGCAGCUACGCCAACUCGAUCGUCGACGUCAACACGCAGGCUCGCUGGGGAGGCUACUCGCCCGGAGGCUACAUCACCAGUCCCACCGUCUCACGAGUAAGCAGUUUCCACCGCCCCUCUGGCAUGCCCGAACCCGUCCAGGAGGGCCGUCCGCUCGACUCUCCCCUCGCAUCGCCCACCUCGUACUCGAGUCCCCGCCGCCAGCCCUCACACUACUCGCUCGCCCCGACCAUCGAAGACAUGGAGAUGCUUGACGAGGAAGACAGACGCAACCACGACGCAGACAAGACCCCUGAGCCCCAACAUCAAGAGUGGGAAAAGGCAAGCAGAGGACACAGCGACCCCGACCAUGACGCCAACCAAGACUACGACGAUCCGAGUCUGUACUCUCGCGACCAGCAGAGUCACUACUCCCAGCCAGACCAGCAGAGCCAUUACUCUCAGCCAGACCAACAAAGCCACUACUCUCAGCCAGACCAGCAAAGCCGCUACUCUCAGCCAGACCAACAAAGCCACUACUCCCAAGCCGAUCAGCAAAGUCACUACUCGCAAGACGACCGUCAGAUCCCUCGACACUACACCCAUCAACACAAGGCUAGCCAGGAGGAACAGUGGCAACAAGAAGCACACGAUCUGUACCAACAGGCCGCCGACCAAGAUGGGUACAACGACUUUGUUCAGAACCCUCCAGAUCGUCCACAGACAGGAGACACUUUCCGUGAUGCCAAAUCUCUCUUCAAGGACUUUGACGGCGUGCAUUACUCGCCCACCAUCCAAGAAGAAGGCCAGGAUAACCCGCAGCAACGCGUGUCUCGAGCGCCUCGUCAACCUCGUCCCAUGUCGUAUGCCCGCCCAAUGUCUUAUGCACAACCGCCACCUAACGAUGGAAUGGUCUACUACCCUGCCCCGGUUCCUCGCUUGUUGAAUCUGCCCAAACGUCUGUCUCAGCUGCCCGCAGCCAACCAACAAGCACAACGUCGUUCCCAGGUCCUGAGUGCUAUGCCCGCUGCCUCGAGACAGAGUGCCCCCUGGCUACCUUCUCUCGAUCUUGGCGAUCAAGAUGCUGAAGAGGGUGCUGCACAGUCAAAUAAUUCUUCUCCUCAAAUCAACCAACACCGCCGAAGCAUGAUGGACCUUCAGGCCAGUCGAAUGAGCACUGCCAAUCUGCCUCCUCAACUGAGAGCAUCUGUCUUCUUCGACAACGAUGGCCAAAGGCCACCUACCGAAGUCAAAAUUCAAUCUGCCUCAGCUGUGGCUACCCUCGACAGCAUCCUUGCUGCAUCUGUCAACGCCCCUGUCAACGUGUUCACUGAUCAUCCUUUUGCUGGCACCGUCAGUCAGGAUUACUAUGCUCAAGAACGUCCUGCCAAUCGUCGUAGCGCCACACUCUCCAAGCUGGAUCUGGCUUCGGAUGACAAUGCAGACAGAUCAGGACACGACAGAUCGCUGAGCGCUGGCACCGUUGAUAAGCCCCUCAUGUCUAAGCGCAACAGCAUGAUGACUGUACUCACUGACUUUGGCAAGUCGGAUGGCAAGAAAUUGAAAAAGAGAAACAGCAAGAUGAGUCUGAUGACUGAUCUGGACAUGAAUGAUGGCGGAGACACCGCUACUGAGUUUGCCAAGUCGCGACCUGCUAGCGUGCACUUUGGCAACCUCGACAUCGAGGAGCCAGCAGAACGGUCUCCACAGCCAGAAUACACGCACGAGGAUGGAGAUGUAGAGGCCGACAAACAGAGCAUCUACAACGAUGAGCAGGACAUGAAGAUGCCCUUCUUUGCCCAGCCGACCACUUUGCUGGCUGAGUUGCAAACCCGCAAAGCUCAUCAAAAGUCUCGUAAUCGGGCCGCUGCGGACGCCUUCCCCAAUGGCAUGCAGAGUACGCUACUUCAGAUGGACGCCGUCAAACAGGUAGAGAAAAACAAGAAGCAAAAGCAUGGACGCGCCAAACUCGCUUGGGAAGACCCAGGCCCUGAUAUGGAUGAAGAAGAUGAAGACGUCCCUCUGGGUGUUUUGUACCCUACGAAAGGCGGCCUGAUCAACAGAGGCAAGCAAGACGAAUCUGACUGGGACCGACCGUUGGGAUUGAUGGAGAAGCGUGAGUUCGAAGACAACGAGCCAUUGAGCAGUCGUCGCUUCCGUCUCAAGGGCGUACCUGCCGCAGAAGCACGCCAAAUCCGCCAAGAAAUGGAAAGACAACGCCGGGAAGCUGCGAUGCCACCGCCGGAAGCAGUUCCACUGCCAGGAGAAGACUCGAAUGAAGAGGACGAGAAUUCUAAUGAGCCACUCGGACAGCGUCUGCGACGUCUGAAGCAAGAAAAAAUGCUCAAUACUGCACUGGGCGAUGUUGCAGACUUUGACAAACGCAAGUCUACUGCCUUUUCCGAAGACAUCCUCAGCACUUUCGGCGGCAUCACAGGUGCGAAAGCCAAGACACAUGAGCCCGAAGACGAAACACUCGGACAGCGACGAGCACGUCUUCAACGUGAGCGUGAAGCAGAGGCCAAACGAGGAGACACCUCUGACCCACCAUCCGUCCGCACAGUCCGCCCUCCUCUCCUCCGCUCCUCGUCCUCUCUCGCCAACCUCCUCGCCGCUCAUCCUGUCGCUCUCGAAACCCUGCCCCGCACACACAAUGCUCCCGCAGCUGGCUCCCUCCUCGCCGACGCCGCACGCGCAGAAGAAGAAGCGAGACGAAAGCUCCGUGAACGCAACGCCGCACGCUCGACCUCCUACAACCGUCUUACCAGCGGCAUGCCACCCCACCUAGCACCCCAACUCGCCCCACCCCUCCUAUCUUCAAAGUCCACCGGCGCAGUACCUCAAUACUUCGACCCCAACACCCUGCAACCACAACAAGCACCCAUCAUGUACCCCGCCCACAUGGCUGCCGGGGGUAUGCCUGGCUAUGGCUAUGCUCCCCCUCCAUUCAUGCAACCAACGGCGCAAUUCGGAAAUGUGAUGGCGUAUCCUAUGCCAGGCUAUGCACAGAUGCAGAUGCCUAUGCAACAGCAGCAGAUGAUGCCUUUGCAGCAACAGCAACAGGCUUAUGCUCACAUGGCUCAGAUGCAAGCAGCAGGCGGGAUGCACGACCCCAAUAUGGUGAAGCAGAGAGAUUUGAUUGACAGGUGGAGGCAGAGUAUCAUGCAUUAG